ACCAGUCGUGUCCUGCGGCUCCAGCAGCGUCUCACCAGCAGCAGCAGCAGCGGCGGCCCGUACACCGGUGUCUCCAGAGCCACAACCGAGCCAACGGGACAGUUCCCUUUCCCUCCGUGAAUACUAACAAACUCACCGGGCCCCAUGGGUAACAGCUACGGGGCUACAGGGCUAAACCGAGCCGAUGUGCUGAAGAAGGCCAGGGGAACUUAUCACAAGGCGAUUGGGACAUGUCAGAAAGUUCUUCAGGUGUGAACACUCUCAGUGGCAGUUUUCCCAAAUCCCACUCGUCCCAGUGCUCUGAUCUCAGGGUUACACGCACACCCCUUUCUGUGGACCACAGUCCUGAUUCUGGACUAGUAUCUACACCUCUUCCAUCAAGUCGGUUCAGGUUUGUGUCGUGGCAUCGCCUGGAGCAGUGUGAUGUCACAGGUGACCAGCUGACCUGCCCCAGGGUUAGAGAAGGGCCAUCAGAAGAGGAGCUGUGUCUAAGAGAGGGGGGUGACAUCAGUUUGGAGAGAUGGAGGAGGAGGAGGAGGAGAGAGGAGGAAGGACAGAGAUGGGAGGAGAGACUGCAAGAGAACUGGGAAAACUGUGUGGAGUUAAAUUUGUCCUACCAGGACUUGGGGGAUCCCUUCCAGAAGGAGAACUUCCUUCGGAUUCUACGCCGGUUGAUUCGUGUGGAGAAACUCCAACUGAUUGACAACUCUCUCACCAACCUGAGUUCUGUACGCUUGCCAAGGUGCAGAGUGCUAAACCUGCACAGAAACCACCUGGUGUCUCUGCAUCAGCUGCCAAAGCUCCCAGCGGUGGAGCAUCUUUGUCUGUCUGAGAAUGCCAUCGGCUCCCUGGGGGGACUGGGAGCUCUGGGGAACAGCCCACUGCGCUCCCUAAACCUGACCCGCAACCCGGUAACCUUCACUCAGGACUACCGUGCACGUGUUUUCAACUGUUUGCCAAAGCUGGAGGUCCUGGAUGGAAUCCCCAAGCUGCCAGAAGACUCACUGCCUGUCAGAUUACUACCACAAACCACCAGGAUGUGUAACAUUUUAUGACAAUCAUCCAUGGAUGGAUGUGUACAGAGGCAGUUCUGGCAGUCCUACAGCACUUCAGCAGAAAACUCCACACUUGGAAACUGCAGUGACGGCUAUAGAGAUCUCCUCAGAGGAAAAUCAGCUGGGUAAUGUUUUCCUCUGCUGUUCAGUAACAGUAUUUACACAAACUGUCACAACUGUUGCCACACUGACAAUACUGUUAUAGUAUUGCAAUGGUAAUGUGCGAACCACAUUCAUGUCAGGCACAAGUAUACUGCUGAUAUUUCUAAAGUGAUUUAUUUUGUAUAUCCUUUACAGGUAUUUGGUAAUAAAUAGAAAACACCACAAAAUGUUUGAGCAUUUUUUU